AUGAAUGCCACAAUUUAUCUUCUCGUUCUCCUCCAUCUCUUGACCACCGUGAGUCACCGUUUGACCUCGAAAACUUCAAAUCCAAGACCGUUACCUAAUUGAUUAUAGUCUUUUGGAACACCCGUUACAUAUACUGUUGAAAUAAAAGGUCGAAAUAAUGUAAGCCACCGUUCCUCCCGCCUUCUGCUAUCACCAGGACGAGCUCACGAAUUGUGCGGGUGUUAUUAACCGAAAUUCAUACAGAUAAGACUCCAUCAGAUCACCCCUAGUCUCAAGAAACGUAACAAAGUAAGUGUACUCAUCAAAUCCAUCUUUUAUUCAGUUCAAGAUUUUCCCCAGUUUUUCUGGGAGCCACUUCUUACAACCCAGAAAACUGUGAGACGUAAUUGUUUCUCAAAUCCAUCCGAGCUGCCUCUUAGUUUCUCGUUAGUCUUCGUUUACUGCAACUAACUCAUACAAAUUUACUAGUCAGGAGUGACUUGUUGUGCCGACAGCAACCAACAUUGGGACCCAACAUUCUCCUUCCUUAUCAUGCAAAGAAGUGCCCAUCUAAAAAAACAAAACAGAUUACCUAUUCAAGGACAGGCUUGAAAGCAAAUUUGGACCGAUGGUACCAGCGGAGAGAUAGUUCUCUGCAACGAUGUUCGUCUUUCCCUUUCUCUUUUUUGUCUAUUCCGUGAGAUCUUGGAGGGAGAAAUUGCCGCUUUCUUCCAUUUCAAGAAAGACUGCGAGGAAUUUGGAUUACUAACGCCUUACAGAAUGACUUUGACCUCUGGCCAGACGCAAAAUAUAUCGCUUCCUAUGCUGAUGACAUUUUGGCCAAGUGCGCGACUCCUACUGGCCUGGUUUGUGGCCAAGCUUUCGAUGAUACUCGUAAAUCUCUGCCACAUUUUUCAACUUUUCAUUUCCCAAAUUCCCAAGUCAGAUUGUUCAUCUCGGUCUCAAUGUGAUGUUGAUACUGUUGAUACUAACCCCUCUACUACCAGACUACAAUGUCAUCGCCAAGAAACCGCAGAAGGCAUAA